AUGAAUGAUAGGAAAAUAGUAGAGGCAUUCAAAAUGUAUCAAAAAAAGCCACAAAGAUCUGCUGUUGUGGCCUUGAAAGAGUACCUUAAUGCUGUCUCUGAUCAAGAAGCAAUGCUUGAACAUAUUAUAAACGAAAUCAUGAAAUUGAUUGGCGACGAAACAAACGUUGAUAAAGAAAUCAUUGAGAAAGUACUUACCAACAUUCAAAAGCAAAAUUCAAUAUCUCAUCAAGUUUUUGAUUUUCAAUCUGCAUUCGACGCUCCUAAGUUUGAAUUCGAUAUGAACACACAAAACCUUGUUCCAUCUACUCAACCAAAGUCAAUUCUCGGAAAAGGACCAAGUAAAAUCUCUCUUUACAGGGAAAGAUUUCAAAUCUUAAAAUAUUCACUCAUAAAUUCCAAAGCUUUCGCCAAAUCAGCACUUAAAUUCUGGUCAGAUGACGAUGGAAGCCUCUCAAUCGUUGAUAUUGCAACUUUAGUUAGUAAACCACACGAUUCUACAGUAGUUUUUAUUGGAAUUCUUGAUUACGAAGGCGAGGUAUACACAGUUGAAGAUGAAUCCGGCGUAAUAAAUCUUGCAAUUAGUCCAGAAUGCCAAUUCUUUGGAGGAAUUCUUCCAGUUGGCUGCAUUGUCGUUGUUCAAGGCAAAGCAUUAGGUGAUUAUGUCAAUGCUCUUGUUAUUGGACAUCCUCCUGCUCUUACAACCAGUGAUUUCAUGAACAAAUUCUGGUCAUUACCAUAUGAUCCAUUUGGAUGGAACUUAAAUAGGGAAUCAAUGAGUAAUUUGCAAAGUAUCUUACAUGAAGAACAUGAAAAUGCUCUUAUUCUUGUUUUCUCUGAUGUUUGGAUCGAUGUUCCAUCAUGUGUAACAGAAUUCAGUCAUGUUCUUCAAAAUUACGACAGUUCUCCACCAAACAUGAUCAUAUUGUGUGGUAGCUUCACUCAAAAACCACUUCCUUUCAAUGGAAUGAAACAAUUUGAAAGAGAUUUCAGAAAAUUCAUCAAAAAGAUCUCAGAUGAACAUACAGCAAUGAUACAGAACUCCAAGUUCGUAUUUAUUCCAUCGUUAACAGAUCCAGGAGCUCCAAAAGUCUUUCCAAGACUUCUUUUCCAAGAUUCAAUCAAAAACAUGUUUCCUGAAGCAAUUUUCAUGUCAAAUCCAUGCAAGAUAAGAUUUUUAAGUAGAACAAUAACUGUAUUCAGAGAUGACAUCAUGUCCAGACUUGCAAGAGCUUCUCCACGCACUGUUCCUGAAGAGAAUGAGCACGAAAACUUGUUAAUUACAAUUAUUCACCAAGCUCAUUUAACUCCAACAGAUCUCGCACACGCACCAGUUGCAUGGGAAUACGACCACACAAUGAGAUUGUUCCCUGCACCAGACUGCUUGAUUCUAGCUGAUGCAGCAGCACCAUGGAGAUCUGAAGAAGGAGAUACAGUUGCCUUCAACCCUGGCCAAUUCGGAAAUGGAGGAACAUUUGGUCUUUACAGUCCAGCUGAAAAUACUUGUCUUCUUCAGAAACUGGCUUAA